UAUAAUUCAUCAUGAUGGAUGCCACGAUGCAACAUGCAUCCCUGUUGACAAACUGAGUGAUGUUCCAGCCAUACACAUAUCAGGACGAUCAAAGAUUGGGAGAACAUUUAACGAAGAUGAGGUCCUCGUCGAGGUGUUAAGCCGAAACAAAAAUUUAAAGGAAGUGAAUGGACAAGUUUUAGGUGUUUUUAGGCGCAAUAGAUACCAAGGUAUUAAACAUCCUGUAUUUAUAUGUACUGUUGAUGAAAAUGGAAGCCAUUUGCUACGACCCAUGUGUAAAACGGUUCCAAAAAUUAAAAUAAAAACAUCUAAUUUGCGAUCGGAUGACAACAUGCCGAUAUUUACUGUGUAUGAUUAUGACGAAAGUGUUGAAGUUUUAAAAAAAUCUACUGAUGUCAAGGUAUCCUCAAAAGAACAUCUUUGUGUGUUUCUGGUAGUAUUUAUUACGUGGAAUUCAACGUUUACAUAUCCACUCGGAAGGAUUGUUAAAAUCUUACCAUGGGGCAAUACUGUUGCCAGGGGAUUAACAAUUUUGAAUAUGCAACAUGGAGUACAUUCAAUAUAUAGUAAAGAAACAAUAGAUCAAGUGAAUGAUUUGCAAAUAUCUGAAGGACUUGACGAACCAAGCACUGAAAGGCAACAGAACAGAAUGGACUGUACAAUGUUGGACGCAUUCACAAUUGACCCACCAGACGCACAAGAUCUUGACGAUGCCCUGAGUUUAGAAUGUAGGCAGGACGAAUUACAUGUUGGUGUACACAUAUCUGAUGUUACUGAGUAUGUAAUGAAAGACGAUGCAUACGACAACGAUGCCAAACAAAGAUUGUUGACUUUCUAUUCAGACAUUGACACACCAAGGCACAUGCUGCCUGAACCAAUCAGUACUAGAAAAUGUAGUCUGUUGGAAGGAAAACGAAGGCUUGCAUUAUCAGUAUUUUAUUGUUUUGAUAAAGAUGGAAAAAGAAAAGAAAUCACAUCUCAAGAUAUUGUUAGACCAACAGUUAUUAAAUCUAAAAAACAAUUUUCAUAUUCACAAGCUCAAUUGAUAAUCAAGAAAAAAGAGGCUGAAAAUGAAAUAACUAAAAUCGAAAAAGAUUUGAAGAUUAUGUUUAAAAUUGCGUGUGCACUUCGUAAACAGCGAUUGGGAAAUGCGAUGCAUGCAUCACAGACUGUAUUUAAUGACAGAGGCGCCGAAGAUAAUGAACACGAAGCCCAUUUUCUGGUUGAAGAAUUCAUGAUUCUCACCAACAUUACGGUCGGAAAAAUGUUGUAUAAACAAUUUCCAGAGUGUAUUCCUGUAAGAUACCAACCACCGCCGUCCGAUGAAAAUAUGCGCGAAUUUCUGCGGAAAAACGGCGUAUUUAUUGAUGUAGUGGUAAACUUGCAAGAUAGAUGCCUAGGAGGCGACAUUCGGGGUUUACACACACUCACACUUCUUGCUAUGGAUGACCAGGCGAUAAAGGGAAAAAAUGUGACAGUUCAAAAAAAAAUAUGGCAAGCUAUAAAAGAUCACAGAAUACCGAAGCAAAUGCUGAUGUGCGACUCCAUGCUCCCCAUUCAGCAUGUUACACUCCAAGAUUGGUAUUUUAUUCAAGAAAGGGCCGGAUAUAUCUGCUGUAACGGACACAAGUCCGAUGCUGACGAGUGCAAGCAUUACCAACUUGAUGUUUUUCCAUAUAUUCAUUUCACUUCGCCCAUACGACGGUAUAUAGAUAUUGUUAUACACCGGCUUGUACACGCGUUUCUCAAUGAUGAACCAUGUCCAUAUACAUCAACAGAAAUCAAAUCAAUUUGCAAUCAGUUGUGUUCAAAGGAGAAACAAGCCAAAGAAUACAGAAAAAAUUGUCAACUUUUAAAGAGAGCUUUGGAACUGCAAACACAACCACAGAUGUUACAGUGUUAUGUUGAGGAUGUUUCGACAAGUGGCAUAAGUUUUUGCACACCAACGUUGAAAAAUGUUACAAAAACAGAUAGAACAUUGACAUUUAAUCGUUUAGAGAUGGGUUAUAAACCCGAGCUAAUUCAAGCUGAAACAGGAACAUAUGUCAGGGCAACGUGGAAGAAAAGGCUGUACGAUUGCAAAGGAACAGCUUUUAAAUAUCCAGAAGAUGCUGCCAAAAUGGCAUGUUUACCAUUGAAUCCUAACAAACACGUGAUCUUAAUACCACUCGGAACAUGGGCUCACUUGAUGAAAUCCGCAAUAAACGGUCACAAUGCUGAUUUCGAAAAAAAACUACAAUUAGCAGCAGCGCAGCAUUCAUCAGGUUUUGAUGAUGUCAGUACCGAAAGCGUCGAAUUGAAAGAUCUGAAACCAUGUACGAAAUUUUCAUUUAAUUUCAAGAGAGGUCAAGUGAUAAAUAUCCAAAUGUUAGCCGGACCAUUACGUGGCAUUAUGGUUCCGAAACCUAUGUGCUUAAAAUUGACGGAUACUAUUUGCUUCUGUUUGUUGCAUACAGAAGAUCCCGUGUUACACCUUUCUAACUACUCCAAUGUGGCAGUAUCAAAAUCCUUUCGUAAUGUGACUCAAUAUGUACAGGAAUGGUUGCCACUCAUUCUGAUGGAGUCUGCUUCCAACACAGUUGGUUGCACGAAUGAUAAUUUCUGCAUAAAUAACGUUAGUAUUAACUUUACAUCAGGGGCUAUAGGCAAGUUCACGCUUUCAAUCAAGCUCUGUGAUGAAAGAAAUAUAGAACUAUCCGGUAUACAAAAGGAAAAGUCGAUCAAUGAUAAUGAAGCGUCAUAUACACGUGAUACUGAUGACUUUAUAAAAUAUUACGACUGGAUUUGCAUUAAAGCUCCUUUUGCGUCAGAUUCAAGUACAUCCCACGACGCUAACUACUGGAUAGCUCAUGGGACCAUCACAGGUGUCAAGAAGAAAAGUCUUGAAAGUGAUAAAAUUAUAGUGUCCUUUAAAUUGAAUCCAAGAUCGGGCACUGUUCCUGGUGAGAUAUCGUCUGGGAAUUCGAAAUACAGCAUUGAAGUCUUAAAGAAAGGCAAUGUCGACGGUCGGACUGAGGGGUUCAUUAAAACUCUUCAGAGUUCAUCAGAAUGUCUUCCAAAUCAAAUCGCUAUCAAAGAGCGAGUAACGGAUUUGGAUGCUGAAUAUAUAGAAGCUCUGGCAGAGAUGACAUUAGAUCUUCAUUUUUCGCCUUGUUCAAGCGACCCAUUACGGCGAUAUAUGGCUGCAAAUAACCAAAAACAACAAGAAGCGAUCGAUAAAGCAAUGAGAUCACGUUUUGCCUUGAUACAAGGACCUCCUGGAACUGGAAAAACAAAUACUGGCAUCAAACUGAUUUUUCUUUUCGACCAAAUAAAUGAAAAGAUCAGUAGUCAGCGUUCUCAUCGGAAACGCGUGUUAUUCUGUGGUCCAUCGAAUAAAUGCGUGGAUCUUGUCGCAAGAUGGAUGUUACAAAGAAUGGGCAACUAUGCUCCAAAAUUUGUCAGAGUUUAUGGAAAAUCGCUUGAAGCCAAGGAUUUCCCAAUACCUGGCAAAGUGUUCAAUACUCCAAAAAGUUUAGAGUCCGCGUAUGAUCUUAGAAGCGUUUCUUUGCAUCAUAUAAUACGUCAAGAGGGAAAGCCACAUGCUGUUGAAAUAAAGGAGUUUGAUGAAUAUUUUAAAGACAAUUGUUAUAGACCAAUGCCAAAGAAAGUAAAAGAAUACCAGGACUUGAUUUAUUCUGCCAGUGAGAACGAGAUUACAAAAUACAACGUAAUUCUUUGCACCACAGAUGUUGCGACUAACUCUAGGCUACUAAAGCACUACAAAUACAACAGCUUAUCGUGGAUGAAGCCGGCAUGUGUCCAGAACCAAAAUGUUUAGUCCCUAUUAUUGCUUCAAAGACCGAGCAAGUUGUUCUCAUUGGGGAUCAUAUGCAGUUGCGACCAAUCAUUAAAUGCAAAGAGG